CUUUGUCCUACAAUUAUAAAAUAGACCCCCCAACAUUCAUUCAAACAUAAGACGAAACUCUCUAAUUCAUUCCUUCAUUCAUUUGACUCACAAAAACAACACAAUUCAUCUCAAAACACCUCAAAUUUUGCUCCUCACCUAAUUUUGUAGGCAUAAUGAAAACAUGGACUCCAAAUCAUCAUCAUCAUCAUCAUCAUCAUCACCAACAACAUUAUGUUCUCUCUCUCCAGAUUCUUCUGUUGCUGCUCAUUUCAGCUUCUCUCUUCCACUCAUCUUCUAGUCUCAAGAUCGGAGAAACAUGUUCGAAGGACAACGACUGCGACGCCGGACUCCGAUGCGAGACUUGUGCAGCUAAUGGCAAUACCCGGCCCAGAUGUUCCCGGACUCAACCAAUUAUUCCGACAUCUAAGGUGAAAGGAUUGGCGUUCAACAAAUAUUCAUGGUUAACGAGCCACAAUGCGUUUGCAAUGUCAGGGACCACAAAGUCUGCGACGGGAAGCUUCCUUAUAACUGGUACCAAUCAGGAAGACUCCGUCUCCUCCCAGCUUCGUAAUGGUGUCCGAGGGCUCAUGCUGGACAUGUAUGACUUUGAGAAUAACAUCUGGUUAUGCCAUUCAUUUGGAGGCAAGUGCUUCAAUUUCACAGCAUUUCAACCAGCAAUUAAUGUUCUUAAAGAAGUUCAGAGUUUCCUGCAAGCAAACCCUACAGAAAUCAUUACAAUCAUCAUAGAAGAUUAUGUGACUUCAUCGAAGGGCCUUACCAAGGUCUUCAAUGCAGCCGGACUCAGCAAAUUCAUGUUUCCUCUAUCUCGGAUGCCAAAAGAUGGUAGUGAUUGGCCAACUGUGGAUGAUAUGGUGCAGAAAAAUCAGCGGUUGGUGGUCUUUACUUCUAUGAAGUCUAAGGAAGCCUCUGAAGGGAUUGCCUAUCAGUGGAACUAUAUGGUAGAAAAUCAAUAUGGAGAUGAAGGGAUGAUUGAUGGCUCAUGCCCAAACCGCGGUGAAUCACCACCAAUGAACACAACAACAGUCUCUCUGGUUCUUAUGAAUUAUUUCCCAACUAAUCCCAAUUCUACACGAGCUUGUUCAGAGAAUUCAGGUCCCUUGAUUAAAAUGAUGAAUACCUGCUUCCAACAAGAUGGAAGAAGAUGGCCGAAUUUCAUUGCUGUUGAUUAUUACCAGAGGAAUGAUGGCGGUGGAGCUUCAGAGGCAGUUGAUGAAGCCAACGGUCAUCUUACCUGUGGAUGUGACAAUAUUGCCUAUUGCAAGGGAAAUGGAACCUUUGGCUCAUGCGACGUCCCAAUACUUGCGCCUCCUCCACCGGCGGCCUUAUCAUCAUCUUCCCCAGGUGGGAGUUCAUCCACUGAGUCUAAUCACGCUCAUAAAGUCCUACUACGGCAUUGGUUGUAUGGAUCACUGGUUACAUCGAUAACCUACUUCAUAUUAUAAGAUGUUGUCAUCUGGUUAUUGUUUGUAUAAUUGUAUUCUCAUUUGUUUGCCUCGGUACAAAUUCAACCGCAGACUGGGAUGAACAUCAAGGUUGAUGAGAGUAAUGUUACCACAAAAUUUCUUGUGUAAAGAUUUAUAGAAAUUAUACUCUAAGUUAGGUCAGGUAAAUCAGGUUAUAAAAGACCAGCAUAAUCUUUACCAGUUGGUAUUAUUUGACAUUUGUUGUUUUUAUCAA